GCGGGCUUGCCGGCGCAUGUCUUCUCUCCGGGCGGACACAGCGGGAGGUCGCGGCGAUGGCUCCGAGCGCGGAAGGCGGAGAGGGAAGCCUCGGCCGGGGGGUGCGCAAGGGCAUCCGGGCUGUGCUGCUGGGACCGCCUGGGGCUGGAAAGGGAACCCAGGCUCCCCGGCUUGCUGAAGCAUACUGCGUGUGUCACUUGGCAACGGGAGACAUGCUAAGGGCGAUGGUAGCCUCUGGUUCUGAGCUGGGGAAGAGGUUGAAGGAGACAAUGGAUUCUGGCAAGCUGGUGAGUGACGAGAUGGUGGUGGAGCUGAUUGAACAAAACCUGGGUACCCCGCCCUGCAGCAACGGCUUCCUUUUGGAUGGGUUUCCCCGCACAGUGCGGCAAGCAGAGAUGCUUGAUGAGCUCAUGGAGAAGAGGAAAGAGAAGCUCGAUUCAGUCAUUGAGUUCAGCAUUGCUGACUCCUUACUCAUCCGGAGGAUAACAGGACGGUUGAUCCAUCCGGCAAGUGGCCGCUCGUACCACGAGGAAUUCAACCCUCCAAAAGUUCACAUGAAAGAUGAUGUGACCGGAGAGUCCCUGAUCCGCCGCUCGGAUGACAAUGAAGCAGCUUUGAAAACUCGGCUGAAGUCCUACCACACCCAGACGGCCCCACUGGUUGAGUACUACACCCGACGUGGGAUCCACACAGCAGUGGAUGCUUCCCAGUCCCCUGACGUGGUGUUUGCUAGCAUCCUGGCAGCUUUCUCGAAAGCAACAUCUGAAUGAAUCCGGGCGGUGGACAGGACGGGACACCAUCAAGCACUGCAUGUUCCAUCACCCCUUUGCCCUUGGGGGGGGAAAGGGGUGGGGACAGUAUGGUUUUCAAAAGGGGGGAGUGUACAGAGUUGGGAAAGCAAAGAACUGGGGUGAGGGCGGUUCUUGCUAGAAUCAUGUUCAAGAGGAAUGUCUGUCUUAAAGAAACCAGUGUUUUUGAGGAAAGUAAGCACAUGUUAAAACUGGUUUGGGAUGGCUGGCCUUCAUCGCUUUGAAACGUGAGUGAUAUCUGUAGCUUGGCUUCUAAAACAGAGGCUUUUUAAACCAUUUCAAGCACCCCUUGAUCAUUCCAAUGCUUACAAAAGCUUGCUUCAGGUGCCCUGGAACCAUUCCAUUUCUUCUUGUGCUGCAAGAAAUGAAAGCCAGUUGGUGUAGCAGUUAAAAGUGCGGGACUCUAAUCUGGAGAACCGGGUUUGAUUCCCCACUCCUCCACUUGAAGUCAGCUAGGUGACCUUGGGCUGGUCACGGCUCUCUGGAGCUCUCUCAGCCCCACCCACCUCACAAGGUGUUUUGUUGUGGGGAUAAUAAUGACAUACUUUGUAAACUGCUCUGAGUGGGCAUUAAGUUGUCCUGAAGGGUGGUAUAUAAAUCAAAUAUUAUUAUUAUUAAAUAAAUGUUCCAGCAAGUCCAGAGUACCCGGCCACAGAAGAGGCUGUUUGCUGCAACUUUGUAUGAUUUUGCCGCUGUGACCUUGCUUCCUUCCAGUUACCCUCUGUUGGAGAUGGGUAAUCCUGUUGCAUCUCUGCAUGGGUGUGAUUUGCACUUGUGGUGCUGAGAUGCAGUAGAAAUUGCCUGAGCCAUGCCCAGAGCACUGACUGGUGCAGGAAGAAGGGGUGGGCACCUCUGAGGGGGCGUGAAUUUUUGCAUGCCACUAGUUUUAAUGGAGGGGGUGCUGCUUCUGUCGGAAGAUAGGGAAAAACUGAUCUGUCUCUGGCAGCUCCCCUGACUUUCCUUUUAGCAGGAAUUCAGCGACUAGCAUCUGAAUUCAGUGACUGGCAUCUGAUACCGUUUCCUUUUGGCUUUCAUGCUGCCUGCCUUCAAACUCAAAGUAGGAUCGCCUCCAGCACUGAAGGGCAAAGCUUAAGAGUCCUUCCCCUUGGUGACUGGCUGUACUCUACAACUGUUCCCUCCCUCAUUCUUUAGAGACCAUGUGCUGCCUUAAUAAAAUGGAUGCAAAUUUGUA